UCUGUUCUUGACAGGGCUGUUCUCAAAUACGACGACAAGACCAUUGUUCUCGUCGCAACAGGGAAGGACUAUGAAGAAUUUCGAUCUCAUUUUGCUGAGAGUGAUCGCGCAUACGGGUUUGUCCGCAUCGAAACUGGAGACGAACUUAGCAAAAGAGCCAAGUUCGCUUUCAUAACAUGGAUCGGUGAAAGUGUCUCGGGAAUACUCAAGGGCAAAGUCAGCACAGACAAGUCUAUUGUGAAACAAGUAAUCCAGAAUUUUGCCGCAGAAAUCUCGACCAGUGACAAGGAGGAGCUCGAACUGAAUCAUGUAAAAGAGCUUGUGGUGAAGGCUGGAGGAGCUAACUAUGGCUCUGCCAAAUAACUUGUACACUACACUCAAAUAAUUAAACGCAAGUUUCAUCGCG